AUGCCUAGAGAAGAGCUGGUGUCCUUCUUUUACAAGGAUGAGCAGCAACACUUCUCUCCACUCUUCUCAUCACCAUCAUCAUCAAAACAAGCCUAUCCAUUAUCAUCAACAUUUCUACCGUCAUGGAUGUUUGAGAACAUUAUGGAUCAAUUGAAGGUCCUUCAACAACAAAUAUUUGCACCGACCUUCUCGGCGGCAGACAAUUUUUUUCAUUCCGAUAAUGGGGCACUCAUGAACUCGGAUUUUGUGAGCCAUGGCAAAGUCAUUUCAUCAAAAUUGGAUACAAUUGCAACUCCUCGUAAUUCAACAAUUACGGCAACGAAAGCAAUUGUAAACAUUUCAAUAUGGGGAGUGGAAGAUUUAUUAUUUUUAAUAAUUUCUCUAGUUUCAUUGAUUUUAAUCCUUAGAUUAAUAUAUUUCAAGAGAAGUAGCAGAAAUGCGGGACAACAUAGCAUUCCAUCAUCGCCACCAGCAACAGCCAUCAAUGAUAAUCCUGCAUUAAUUGGAACCACUACAAAACCCAGCCCUUCUGAGAUAAUGUCCAAAGUUACUACCUCAAAAGUUGUUCAUCACACUUCACAUUUCAGCAGGGAGAGUUAUUUCUUUCCACACAGCUACGCCCUAUUUAUCAACAUUAUUCUAUUGUGCCUGUCCUAUUGCGCCAUUCUCACGUUACAAUGCAUCUAUAUGGGCCAAGAAGCAUACAAUAUUUUCAAUGAGGCAAAUAAGCACAGCAAUGAAGCCAUUCUCUCUAUAGAAUCUACAGUGAGAGGACUAUUUUCUGUGGUGUUUUUAUUCCAGAGAAUUUUGAGCCUUAAUUACUUUUUCAUCCUCUACAAUUAUGGACACAAAAAAUUAUUUCACAAAAUUGUAUUUGGAUCCCUACUAAUUCUAUCAAUCAUUGACAUUAUCCUGAAUACUGUGUCUCAUGUUUUAAAAAUCCUAAUGACGUACUAUGAUAUUCGAUUCGCUGGAGCAGAAACAAAAUAUAUUGAACAACUCAUGAUUCUCAUUUCAGCUUCGUUUUCCAUCUUCAUGUCCCUGACCAUUGCUACCCUUUCAGCAAUAUUUGGAUUGUUCCUUAGCCAUUCCUUGAGAAAAUGCAAAGUAAGAAUACUAUUAUUCAUUUUCAUGCAUCAAUUUGUGUGGAUAAUUUACGAGACCUAUAGGAUCAUUUCACAGUUCGAUAUACUAUUUGGGAUACAAUUAGUUUCAUGGCCUGACCUUAUUAUGCAAUGUAUCCUUUUCUUUUUAAUAAUUGUUUACUUGUUAUUUGUUGUCAUCACUAUUGGAGUUUUUAAUAGAGUGCAUAAUCAUGUUCUUAUUCAUGACGAAUGGAUGGCAUUGGUGGAGGAUGAGGAAGAUGGUGAACCAACUAUAUUCGAUUUUCAAUCCAAAUCUCGAGCCAUUCAAACCAAUUCAAGAUCACACUUGUUUGAUCAAAUUCCCACGCAUUCAUUAUCUCCUACUCGAUCAUUCCUUAAUGAUACCAGCGAGGGUACCUAUGGAGCAAUGGGUUAUGGAAGUUUGACUUUGGGCAUGAGGAAAGCAACACCAAACACGAGUUUAGGCCUUGAAAGCUCAGCUUAUUCCACCAAACCUACACAACCCUCUUCGAGUAGCGCUCGUAUGAAUAUAUCCAACAGGUCUGAAAAUGUUCCCAUACUUAAAGAAGAGCCACCACCAGCGAAUACUUUGAGCUCGAGUGUUAAUUCUUCCUCGUCGUCGAGUUGGCACAAGUAA